CCCCCCACGCCCGACGUCCCGGAGUUCCUGUUACUUGGCUUUGGGAUCACUUUCUAGACAGAAAAUAUAUGUCAAGUUCUAGAAGGAUUUUGCCAUUUUCUUCUCCACCCUGAAGAUACUUGGAAAUUAAUGGGUAAUGUUUUGCCUGAAAAUUACUGAAUGCUUUUUCUUCUUAUCUCUGAGGCCUUCUGUGGAGAAUUAAUAAGAGGUUGAAUGCGCACAUGGAUAAAAUGGAUCAUCUUAAAGGAUUGAAGUUCCAAAAAUAUAUCAGCAGGACUGGACAGGCUUGACAUAAUGAGAUUUCUAUUUUAGCCUGACUUCUGGAACUCUGAAUAAACUAUAAAGUGAGCUACAUAAAGUCCUGGGAAGGUAGUUUCUGUUCUAAAAUCUUCUAGCUGCAGCUAACCUUUCUCUUAUUCAAAUCCUUUGAAAAAUUACAUUUACUCAUCAAUUUCUUGAGAAACAAAGUGAUUAGAAUCUUUCAGUAUAUGAAAUAGACUAGAAAGCAGCAAUUUGUACCACACUGGAAAAGAAAGUUAAUUGAAGAAACAGAUACAAGGAAUCUGAGAAACCGCUACAGAAACACUGAUUGAGAUGGCAGAAGCUUCUGGGGAUGCCUCGUCUCUGGCUGUAACAGUAAAGAAGAAGAAAAGUCUCUCCAUUGAAGAAAAGAUUGACAUUAUAAAUGCAGUAGAAAGUGGCAAGAAGAAAGCGGAGAUCGCAGCUGAAUAUGGAAUAAAGAAAAAUUCGUUAUCUUCUAUUAUGAAGAAUAAAGACAAAGUUCUAGAAGCCUUUGAAUCUCUGAGAUUUGAUCCAAAGAGAAAAAGACUGAGAACUGCUUUUUACACAGAUCUGGAAGAGGCUUUAAUGAGGUGGUAUCGAAUUGCUCAGUGUCUAAAUGUCCCAGUUAAUGGUCCAAUGUUACGUCUAAAAGCUAAUGAUUUUGCCCAGAAACUGGGACAUAAUGAUUUUAAGUGCAGUAAUGGUUGGCUGGAUCGCUUUAAAUCCAGGUAUGGUUUGGUGUUCAGAGCCCAGCCUGUGGAAGCUCCGGGCAUAUCGGUAGACCCGUCAGCUGUCUGGCACCAAAAUGUGCUUCCUUAUUAUUUAAAUGACUAUCAUCCUAAAAAUGUUUUUAAUAUAAAAGAGACUGGGCUGCUUUAUCGAAUGUUACCUACAAAUACAUUUGCAUUUAAAGGAGAAACAUGCUCAAUUGGAAAAUUGUGCAAAGACAGAAUAACUUUGGUGGUCGGCACAAACAUGGAUGGCUCAGAGAAACUCCCUUUGCUUGUUAUUGGAAAAAACAGGAACCCACGUUGCUUCAAAGGUAUAAAAUCAUUGCCUGUGUAUUAUGAAGCUAACAGAAUGGCUUGGAUGACCUCAGAUGUAUUUGAACAGUGGAUGCGCCAGCUUGAUGAGAAAUUUCAAGCGCAGCAACGAAGAGUGGUGAUUUUUGUUGAUUCUUUUCCUUCUCACCCAGAAGUAAAGAACCUUAAGUCUAUUGAGUUAGCAUUUUUCCCAUCAUGUUUAUCUUCCAAAUUUAUAGCUAUGAAACAGGGUGUUAUUCAAAACCUGAAAAUUAAAUAUCGACACUGUCUCAUCAAGAAAUUUUUAAGCUCUGUGGAAGACAGCCGAGAAUUUACAUUUUCUCUACUGGAUGCAGUUGAUAUGCUUCAUCUCUGUUGGCGGACUGUAACCCCAGAGACUAUUGUCAAGAGCUACGAGGAGGCAGGCUUCAAAUUUCAGAAGGGAGAAAGUGACGAGACAAAGGCAGAGCUGGACACGGGGCUGGACUUGGUGGCCCAUGCGAGGGCGGCGGGCGUGGAGUUCCCGGAAGGCCUGUCUGUGGAGGAGUACGCAGCCCUGGACGAUGACCUGGAGGCUUGCGAGGCGGCGCCGGCCGGAGACUCGGUGUGGAAGACAGAAAGUCAGGCAGAUGAAACUGGAUUUUAUGCUUCUGAUGAAGAGGAUGAUGGUGGCUCUCUGGGAACCGAGCCCCCUUCACCAUCGCAAACCGAGGCAGUAACUGCCUUAGAGACUCUUAAACAUUUUCUUAGAAGUCAAGAAGUGCAUGAUGGGCUCCAUAAUUCUUUAGCCGACCUUGAAAUUUUUAUUAACUCUUUAUCAUCUAAGUAACUAUUGAUUGUACAAUAUCUGAGGAGUCAUAGCUUUUCCUGAUGUAUUUUACCAUAAAAGGUAUGUAAAGGGAAAGUACCACUUAAACAUGAAAACUAUCUGUUUAAUCACAGAUGUCUCUGGCCUGAAUAACAGUUUCCUGGGUAGGUUAAGUAAAGAGUAAGUAAGUGAAAUAUAUGAGUUCCAGUUUACCAAGGUUUGGGGGAGUAGUAAAUAUACUCAGAGACCUUGUACUUGAAGCAUAUGUUAGAUACGUCAAAUAAAAAGACUCCCCAUCUAUCUGGUUCAUCCAAGUUGAACUGGUGACUGUAUGUUCUUUUAAGUUAGGACAUGUUUUAGAAUAUUUUAAUUUAUCUACCUCAUCUAAGAUACAAAAUAUCAAUUGCUUGGAUAUUUAUUUUCAUUAAGAUCUGUAUAUUCAAACUAUUAAAUAUCAAGCAUUAAUUUUGAAUUACUUAAUUUUUGUCAUAACCAGCUAAUCUCCCUUAUAAGAAAUUCUGAAAAUAAAUCUGACUCAAUUAUACACCAAAGUGAUUAAAAAUAUGUCUUACUACUUUCCAGUUAUUUCUAGGUAAGAUUUAGUGAAAGACUAUGACAUCAUCAGUUGUUUUUUGUUAUCUGUUAACAGAAGAUACAGAUUCCUCCUGAAUAUUUGUAUAUCCAUGUGUGUGUUUAAUAGAAAAAAUACAUUGAGCUAUUUAUUAAGCUCUUGUGAUAAUUAUAUUUUAAUACAGUAAUUCUUAAAGUAAAUAUAAAAAUAUAUAUAGUUAUUAAAAAGAAAAUAAUGUGGUGGAUCUCUGUGAACCAAAAUUCUUAGUUUUCAGGUUUUCACAGCUGAAGUUUUUAAUCUAUAUUACUGGUUUUCUUGAUUUUGCUGAAUUUUAUUUUCAGGAAGGUCUUGAGUGACCUUUCGAUUUAUUUUGAUGUAUUAAUCCUGU